CAGCAGCACUUCCGGGAGCCUGGGACCCAGGACUGCAGCCGCGUCGGGUGGUGGGCUCUGCUAGCGGGAUCAUGCUGCUCCGAGCCGCUUGGAGGCGGGCGGCAGUGGCGGUGACGGUGGCUACAGGGCCGAAGGCUGCGGCGCCCACUCGGGGGCUGCGCCUGCGCGUGAGAGACCGUGCUCCUCAGUCUGCUGUUCCAGCAGACACAGCUGCUGCCCCGGAGGCGGGGCCAGUGCUGCGACCUCUCUAUAUGGAUGUGCAAGCUACUACUCCUUUGGACCCCCGGGUGCUUGAUGCCAUGCUCCCUUACCUAGUCAACUACUAUGGGAACCCACACUCCCGGACACAUGCAUAUGGCUGGGAGAGUGAGGCAGCCAUGGAACGUGCUCGCCAGCAAGUAGCAUCUCUGAUUGGAGCGGAUCCUCGAGAGAUCAUUUUUACCAGUGGUGCUACUGAAUCCAACAACAUAGCAAUUAAGGGGGUGGCCCGGUUCUACAGAUCACGCAAAAAGCACUUGAUCACCACCCAGACAGAACACAAAUGUGUCUUGGACUCCUGCCGUUCACUGGAAGCUGAGGGCUUUCGGGUCACCUACCUCCCAGUGCAGAAGAGUGGGAUCAUUGACCUGAAGGAACUAGAGGCUGCUAUCCAGCCAGAUACUAGUCUGGUCUCAGUCAUGACUGUGAACAAUGAGAUUGGAGUGAAGCAGCCUAUUGCAGAAAUAGGGCGGAUUUGCAGUUCCAGAAAGGUAUACUUCCAUACUGAUGCAGCCCAGGCUGUUGGAAAAAUCCCACUUGAUGUCAACGACAUGAAAAUUGAUCUCAUGAGCAUCAGUGGUCACAAAAUCUAUGGUCCCAAAGGGGUUGGUGCUGUCUACAUCCGUCGCCGGCCCCGUGUUCGUGUGGAGGCCCUGCAGAGUGGAGGGGGGCAGGAGCGGGGUAUGCGGUCUGGGACAGUGCCCACACCCUUAGUGGUGGGGCUGGGGGCUGCGUGUGAGGUGGCACAGCAAGAGAUGGAGUAUGACCACAAGCGGAUCUCAAAGUUAGCAGAGCGGCUGAUACAGAAUAUAAUGAAGCGCCUUCCAGAUGUGGUGAUGAAUGGGGACCCUGAGCAUCAUUAUCCUGGCUGUAUCAACCUCUCCUUUGCAUAUGUGGAAGGGGAGAGUCUGCUGAUGGCACUGAAGGAUGUUGCCUUAUCCUCAGGGAGUGCCUGCACCUCUGCAUCCCUGGAGCCCUCUUAUGUCCUUAGAGCAAUUGGCACUGAUGAGGAUUUAGCACACUCUUCUAUCAGGUUUGGAAUUGGCCGCUUCACUACAGAGGAGGAAGUGGACUACACCGUGGAGAAGUGCAUUCAGCAUGUGAAGCGUCUUCGAGAAAUGAGCCCUCUCUGGGAGAUGGUUCAGGAUGGCAUUGACCUCAAGAGCAUCCAGUGGACCCAACACUAGAAGAAGAGGGCCCUGGCUGGGCGUGGUGGCUCACACCUGUAAUCUCAGUAUUCUGGGAGGC